AUGCCUUCAGCUAGAAGAGUACGUCUCCUCAUGAUGGUAGUGCUAGCCGCUGUUAUCACCACCUUAUUCUUCACAUCCCAGAUGCGGUCGGCAAUUCCCCACGACAACCGGACAGUACAUGAUUUCUUUGGCAAGACUAUGAAUGGCCUAGGACCCCAAAAGGGUCCUGGACAAGUUGUGAUGAGCGGCAAAGGAACGACCGUUGAUUCUACAGUAAAAGACAAGGAUGGGGAUGGAUCUGUCGACGAAGAUGACGAGCAGUUGGCAAAGGAGAUGGCUGAUCGGUUACGUGCUGCCGAGCAGAAGGCCAAGGAUUUAGCUAAUGCUAAGGCACCACUAAAACCAGAUACUCCGAGUAAGGUCAUUGGUAUAGGGAGUUCGGCUGGGGGGCAGAAGAAAGGCGCUUCCCAGGGGAGCUCAAAGGAGACAGGCGAGGAGAGCGAAGAGUCAGAGGAAGAUCGCGAAGUCGAAGCGACUCUUAAUAAUUUACUCAAAAAGUCAUCUGUUGUUAUUUUCUCAAAAUCGUUCUGCCCGUAUUCUAAAAGGGCAAAGGGUGUCCUUCUCGAGAAAUAUUCUAUUGACCCCGCGCCUUACGUUGUCGAACUAGACGAGCAUCCCCUAGGCAAGCAGCUACAGGCCAAAUUAGGUAUCAAGACGGGACGUAAGACAGUGCCCAAUAUCAUGAUCAAUGGCAAGAGUGUUGGGGGUAGUGACGAAAUUGCCGAGCUAGACUCGAGAAAAACCCUCAUUGACAAGUUUAAGUCUAUGGGAGGGAAGCAGUUAUCUAUGAAGGAGCGAUUCGUCGGGAACACCAAAGAGAAGCAGGAGUAA